CGCACGCCGCUGCGCAGUAAUCGCGGUUACUAAGCGCCAUUGUUGGACGGAUUGACUAUUUUCUAAAAAUACCUCUGUAAAAGAACUAAAAUAAACAUUAAACUGGAGUUUUUAGUGUAAGUGGCUAAAAAUCGGAAAAUUAGUGCAAUAGUGUGGGUUAUUUUUCGUUUGACUUUAAAGUGCGAAAAACAAUAGAACAGACUAGUCAAUGUCAGCAGGCGUGUCAGAUCAGCGGAUGAAAGGACAGGGAAAUCAAGUGUCCAAUGGCCCUAAAGAACAGCUAGGAGCGGGAGAAGGCGCUAGCGGCUCGGAGGAAUUUGAACCAUGGAGGUCCCAGCAGCAGAACUCGGCCGCUCACACAGCCUAUCCAUCAGUCCCCAUUUCAAGUGCGACAGAUUUGUACAAUAUGAGCACGGCAGGAUACUACGGCAGUGGAGGCACUUAUCCAUAUCAGGCGUACGGUGUGGGAGACGGGACAUGGUCGAACGGUACGGACCCCAUGACCUUUCUGAGCGGCUAUCCGCACGAUUCCUACUCAAUGGACGGGAUGUUCGGCCCGUCCACCACCUUCUCGACGCCGACGGCGUUCGGGCAGCCGUCGUCCUUCAACUACUUCCACAGCAACGGAGACUACAGCACGUGGGGCAGCCAGCUAGGUGGCCAACGCAAGUACGAAGACUACUACAGGGAUCCGUCAAACAUGUACACUCAGGCUGUGCCAGAUUCGAUAAAAAGCGUAGAGCAGGCCAUGCAAAUACUAGACAUAAAGUCGUCGUCGGACUCGUCUAAGGAGCCCCUCGGCCAGGCGAAGAAGACGACGUGGGCGAGCAUCGCCAGCCAGCCGGCCAAACCCCAGCUGACCGUGCAGAACCAGGGACUGAAGAAGAAGGGCCCCGGGAUGCCGCCGGGGCCGAUCGUGCCCGGCAAGCACAACAUGGACAUCGGCACGUGGGACACGAACAAGAGCACGCCGCCGCAGCUGCCGAUCGUCAACAGCACGGCGAAGAGCAUAGCGCCAGCGGCGGCGGCGGCGGCGGCCGCGAUGAGCGUCAGGCCCGGCUGGAACGGACCGCCGACGACGAGGCCGGCGCCGCCGGCAGCGCCGAGGCCCGGACCGCCGCAGCACCCGAUGCAGUCGUACCAGCCGCCGGCGAUGAUGCAGCCGCACCUGCCGCCGCCGGUCAGCAUGCCGAACAUGCACACGGGUCUCAUGCCCGCCCCCGGCGGCCCCAUGCCCAUGAUGGUGACGGCGGCGGCGCCCACCCACCCCGUCUUGGACGAGCUGCGCGGCAAGAACAACUACAACCCGGGCGAGUUCGACCUGACCGCCCCGAACGCGCGCUUCUUCGUGAUAAAGUCGUACUCCGAGGACGACAUCCACCGGAGCAUAAAGUACGAGAUAUGGUGCAGCACCGAGCACGGCAACAAGAGACUCGACCAGGCGUACCGCGAGCGCGAGGGCAACGGUGCGGUGUACUUGUUCUUCUCAGUGAACGGUUCGGGCCACUUCUGCGGCAUGGCCCAGAUGGUGUCCGCAGUCGAUUACAACGCGAACAGCUCGGUGUGGUCGCAGGACAAGUGGAAGGGCCAGUUCAAAGUGCGCUGGAUCUACGUUAAGGACGUUCCGAACGUGCAGCUGCGGCACAUCCGCUUAGAGAACAACGAGAACAAGCCGGUGACGAACAGCAGGGACACGCAGGAGGUGCCGCACGCGAAGGGCCUCCAGGUGCUGAGGAUCAUGCACUCGUACAGGCACUCGACGUCGAUAUUCGACGACUUCGUGCACUACGAGAAGCGCCAGGAGGAGGAGGACAGCAGGAAGCAGCCGCCGCACAAGGACAACCACCACGACGCGGGAGGACCGGGCGGACACGGGACGAGGGAGCACAGGGAGAGGGGCGAGCACAGGGGCGGCGGCGGCGGCGGAGGCGGAGGAGGCGGCGGCAGGAACCACGACAGGGAUCAGGACAGGGAGAACCACAGGCAGGGGGGACACCGCAACAACGAUCACCACGGGGGACAUCAUAAAGACCGCGGAGACAGCAAUCGGGGUCGCGGCGGCCGAGGCGGCCGCAACUAAAGUAUAACUAAAAAAAAAAAGAAGAAGAAGAGAGUAAAAGAGUAAAAUAUUACAUCAUAAUAAAAGUAUAAAAGAAUAAAGAAAAAAAUAACACAUUGUUAUGGCUGCUCUUUACUGUAGUGUUAUAAUCUAUUACUAGCUUGUUAUUUCAUAUACUUCACAUAGACGGUAUCAGAUUAGUUGUCCGUACUCUGAUGGUUUUCGCAUCGCUCUAGUUUAGACGCCCCCCUCCCUCCCCCCGUUUAUUUCUUCUAAACUCAUUAUGAUAAUAAUUUGCUUAUAACAUGUUGCUUUGAAUGAGAUAAUGACCGAUUAAGUUAAUUGAUGUGUAUUCGCCUAAGAAAAAAGUUUCAGUGCAUCCUCUGGGUCUAUGUGGUGUUGCUAUUUUAAAUAAAAAGCAAAAAAGCUCGAAAAAAAUUCCAAUUAAUUUGUACAUGUGGGUUUUCAAUUGAAUUUUUAAAUAUCGACUCUAACUGAAAGGUAUAUGGAUUCUAGUAAUAUAGUUGUAUAAAUAAAGAAAAUAACAAAGUUAGUGGCCCCCCACUCUUCGGAUCGGGCUGAUAUGCAAUCAAAAAUAUAUAUAGUAGUGCAGUGCUCAUUUGAUUUUACUGUCGAGUGGACUCUUUAAUAAAUUAAAUUGUAAUAUAUAACUAGAAGAACGUUGCGAGGUAGUUGAAUUAAUUAAAAGUGUUGAUUUAUCCGGACUAAUUUCUGAAUCAGCAGCGGGACGUCGAAGAGUCGAAGAUCCACGAAGAAAUUCAACACUACUUUCCGAACACUCUGAAGCUGUGAAAGUGAUAAUCGAGCGCUACAGGACAAAUAAACAAAUUGGCUAAAAGUUUCGUUUCUUGACGGACAGUGACGCGUUUGUUUGUAUAUGUUACAGUUUUAUGAUGUUUUUCAAUUUUGUAAUCGUAAUUAUUAAUCUUGUAGGAAAUGAACUAUGUGCAGUUUUUAUUAAGAUAUUUGUUAAAAGAUGAAUAGUUUAAAGCGAGGCUAGAAAACCCGCGAAUGCUAUGUUUAGACUUUUCACUCGAAUUCAUUUCGCCCCACCAAAUUUGUGUAAAUAAUUAUUGCGAGCGAGCGAGAGAGAGAUAGAUGUCGCGGAGGAGUAAUUUAAUAAAUGUGUACAUUAGAGACAAUAUUGCGUUUUAUAGGUGCUACUUUUAUAAGGAACUUUUAUUCGUUGUCGAUUUCUGACGUUCAGUACGAAGAUGAACAUAGCAUUUGGUUUUCGUCGUCUAUUUGUACACUGUGCCUAAUAUAUUAGACUGAUGCACCGAGUGCAUUGUGAUUGUAUAAAAUAUAUUGAUUGAUUGAUUGAUUGUGUGAUCCGAACAGUGGGCAUCCUCUGUUGAUAGCUACAUCAUCAAUAAAAGAAACAUCAAUUAUGACAUUGGAGGUUUCUUUCUUUGUUCGUUCGUUCGUUCGGCCCAUCCUCGAUACGUGCAUAUCGACGACAGGUUUUCCUAUAUACCUACAUUUAUAUUCAUUAUAUAUAUAUUUUUCUCAUCAUUAUUGUUAACACUUUUUAUUUUUUCUUGCGAGUCUUGUUGGAAGACUUUUGAACUUGUUUAUUUUCUCAUUAAGUUGUGUAGCAAUAUUACAUAUACAUAAUUAUUUCUCCUAUAACUAUAUUUAUGAUAAUUUGUUAUAAAUACAGUCUAUGAAGGUAACAGUUGGA